CGUUGGCUGCGCGCUGACCGGCAUCAGUUUUGAAUUUGAAUUCGAAGAAUAAACGCGCGGUUACAGUGCUAUUCGUCGAGCGAGACACACAUAAUAUUACGUGCUAUUUUACGCGACUUUCAGUGUUGUACACGAAUUUUCCAUUGCGGUUUUAAACACAGUGAUUUUAAAUCGUUAUCGAAUAUUGUGGUGCGCUUAAGUACCUAUAAUAGAUAUUUAUUUUUUCGUAUUUAUUGUGCGUGAACAAAAUCUACAAUUAUUGGCGAAAUGGUUGGAAGAACAGCGAUCGGUAUCGACCUGGGUACCACCUAUUCCUGUGUGGGUAUCUGGCAACACGGAAAAGUAGAGAUCAUCGCCAACGAUCAAGGUAACAGGACCACCCCGAGUUAUGUGGCAUUCACCGACACCGAACGGUUGAUCGGCGACGGGGCUAAGAACCAGGUGGCAAUGAAUCCCGUCAAUACGGUAUUCGACGCCAAACGUUUGAUCGGCCGUCGUUUCGACGACGACAAGACGCAAGCGGACAUCAAACACUGGCCGUUCAAAGUGGUGGACCACUGUGGAAAGCCUAAAAUCCAAGUUGAAUUCAAAGGUGAGCGGAAAGUGUUUGCGCCGGAAGAAAUCAGUUCGAUGGUUCUGACGAAAAUGAAGGAGACUGCGGAAGCGUAUUUGGGCCGCGACGUGACGGACGCUGUCAUCACGGUGCCGGCUUACUUCAACGAUUCGCAGAGACAAGCGACCAAGGACGCGGGGGUCAUUGCCGGCCUGAACGUAAUGCGAAUAAUCAACGAACCGACGGCCGCGGCUCUGGCGUACGGCCUGGACAAGAAUCUGAAAGGAGAGAGGAACGUGUUGAUAUUUGAUUUGGGCGGUGGCACGUUUGACGUGUCAGUUCUGCAGAUCGACGAGGGUUCCAUAUUCGAAGUGAAGUCUACGGCGGGCGACACGCAUUUGGGCGGCGAAGACUUCGACAACCGGCUGGUGAGUCAUUUGGCCGACGAGUUCAAGAGGAAAUCCAAGAAGGACGUACGUACCAAUCCGAGAGCGCUGAGACGGUUGAGAACGGCUGCCGAACGGGCUAAGAGAACGUUGUCGUCAAGCUCGGAGGCCACAAUAGAGAUUGACGCUCUGAUGGAAGGUAUCGAUUUCUACACCCGAGUGUCCCGAGCUCGUUUCGAGGAGCUGUGCGCAGAUCUGUUCAGAUCGACUCUGCAGCCGGUGGAGAAGGCGUUGACUGACGCCAAGCUGGACAAGGGCGACAUACACGACGUGGUGCUCGUGGGUGGUUCGACGAGGAUUCCGAAGAUCCAGAGUCUCCUUCAAAACUAUUUCUGCGGAAAACCGCUCAACCUGUCCAUCAACCCGGACGAAGCGGUAGCCUACGGUGCCGCGGUACAGGCGGCCAUUCUGAGUGGCGACACGAGUUCUGCGAUUCAAGACGUGUUGCUCGUUGACGUCACACCCCUGUCGCUAGGCAUCGAGACUGCCGGCGGCGUGAUGACCAAAAUCGUCGAUCGCAAUUCCACGAUUCCGUGCAAACAAACCCAAACGUUCACCACGUACGCGGACAACCAACCGGCCGUCACCAUCCAGGUGUUCGAAGGGGAAAGAGCCAUGACUAAGGACAACAAUCUGUUGGGAACGUUCGACCUGACCGGCAUACCUCCGGCUCCCAGGGGUGUACCCAAGAUCGAGGUGACUUUUGACAUGGACGCCAACGGAAUUUUGAACGUGUCGGCCAAGGACAACAGCUCUGGGCGCUCCAAGAACAUCGUCAUCAAGAACGACAAGGGUCGACUGUCCCAGGCCGAAAUCGAUCGUAUGCUCAGCGAGGCCGAACAGUACAAUGAAGAGGACGAGCGACAAAAAGUCAAGAUCGCUGCCAAGAACCAGUUGGAGAGCUACGUGUUUGGAGUUAAACAAGCGUUAGACGAGGCCGGCGACAAGUUGACCGAAUCGGAGAGGAACACAGGCAAAUGGGAGUGCGACGCGGUCGUCCAGUGGUUGGACAACAAUCAGUUGGCAGACAAAGAAGAGUACGAGUACAAACUAAAGGAAAUCCAAAAGAGCUGUUCGGCUCUAAUGAUGAAGAUACACGGUGCAGGACAAGCCGGCGACGUGCCUCCCGGCGGUGCACACGGUUUCCCAGGUUCUAGAGGACCUACCGUCGAAGAAGUCGAUUAAUUCCUUGAACCAUGUAAUCUCAUUAAUUAUUAUGUUUGUAAAUACCAUUGUUAACUACUUCCUAUAUUUUUAUUUCUACUCUAAGCUCUAAGUUAUUCAGUAGAUGUAAGCUAAGACUGAUUUUGAUAUUGUAAUAUUUAGGUACCUAAGUUUUUACAAAAUAAAAGUAUUUAUUAGCUGUAUAGCCUGUAUA